GAUUCGUCCAGCGGAUGCGCGUAAAACCGCCAGAGGGGAGUUUAAUGGCGCGCUAGAGCCCUGGAUCUUCGCCACACGAUCGAGGCGAGCUCCAGCUUCUCAAGCUCGAUCCAAGCGCACAAGCUGGGAGAUCAUCGCCCGGUAGGGUAUUUCGAUGAGGUUUUGUGGAUCCGGCCGCCGGCAUUGAUCCAAGAAGCUGGGAUUUCCAGCGAGGAGACCGCUAGGGCAGAUCGCCAUGGACCAGUACGAGAUCAUGGAGAGGAACAAGGAGCUGCAAGCGCUCCAGGUGAAGCAAGAGGCAGUGCGAAUGGAAAAUACGCUACUCUCGGAACAUCUAUCGAGGAUUGUGACACGCAAGGGGAGCUUGCAACUUCACCUGGAAAAGAUGGAAGAAGAAGAAACUGAGAAGGAAGAACAGGAGGCAGCCGAGGCACUACGCCGGAGCUCGAGACGAUCGUUCCGGAUUUUUCACGAUGGUCCUCCGGUGCCAAGAGCCACAGUACGAUUCUUGUCGCCGCCAAAGAUACCUUCGCUCUCGCCACCCAAGCAAAGAGCCGAGGCGCUUCCCAUGAGCACCGAGGAGAAAGUUGAGAUCGCUGAUGAAGAAUGCGGACAUCUCACUGAUCAAGUCGAGAAGUUGCGAGCGGAGAACGAUCGCUGCCUCGAUGAUCUUGGUGCUGUUUACAAUGAGGUGAAGCGAGGCAUGAGGGAAACGAAGAAGGAGAAGAACAGCUUCUACAGGGAGGUGAUUCUUUUGUCAGAGAUCAAUCCCGGAAAGGUGAUCUAUGCCGAAGAUGUGUUGAGAAAGCAAAAUGUGAGAGACAAAUUGCAAGAGAAGAAUGAUUUGCUUCAUAUGGAGAUCAUGGAAGCCGAGCACCAGUUCAGCACGAAAAAGGAUCUCAAGGACAUCUUACAUGCCAUCGACUUCGAUCAGCUUCAGAUCCAAAACGUCCAGCUCCACGCCAGGAUACGGGACAGGACUUACGAGAUCUGGGACCUCAAGAGCGCGGUCAAGAGAACGCUCAAGAGCAAGCUUCACGAAUCCGUGGUAGCGCAUAUGCAAGAAGAAGAUGGGCCUCCUCGUCCCACAGCUCUCGACUACAUGCGUUGUAGACAUAACAACGACGAGUUGUCCAAAGAGGUCAAGACUUGGAAGAACAAGGUUGAGGUAGCGGAACUAACAAACAUUCAGCUUCACAAAAUGCUCAGACAAGCACUCAAGAAUCGCGAAGUCUCGGUUCGGCAGGAAGCAUCAACAGUGGUGGCGGUGUGCUAG